CUCCAAAAAGUUCACCCAUUUGGCUAGGGUUUUGCAGCUGGUUUAACGACCGAAAACCAAACGCAGAUUCGCAGAGAAAGACGCCAUUGAUGUAGAAGAUCUCUCUAUCCUGGUAAGUACAUGUGCAUAUAUAUAUAUAUACACACAUAUAAUACCAGUUCAAAAUGAUUCAUUUAAUUUGCAAGAGACUACAACACACAAUACCCUUAUCUUCAACUACACUUCAUGCCUAUUUCUUCUCCACAUCAUCUCUCAAACCCACCUCAGAUUUCUUAAAUUCAACUGACCCACAAUCUCUAACAGUCUCUUACCUCUCAAAAUCUUGUGGGUUGUCCUUAGAAUCAGCUAUUUCAGCUUCCAAGAAGGUCCAAUUUGAAACCACAGACCAGCCUGACUCAGUCUUGAACCUCUUGAAAUCCAAUGGUUUAAGCAAAAUCCACAUUAGAAAUAUGAUAACCAAUCGUCCACUGAUUCUUCUAGCUGAUCCAAUAAAAACCCUUAAACCCAAUAUUGAUUUACUUGGUUCUCUGGGAUUUAAAGGCUCUAGCUUUGUGGAAUUACUCAAUAAAGAGCCGCGUGUUCUUGAAUCCGAUGCGGAUGCUGUUGUUGAGUUCUUUAGGGCUUACGAAUUUACUGAAAAGCAAAUUUAUAUGUUAACCAUGAAGCGCCCGGUUUUGUAUAUAUACAAUGCAACCAAAAUUUUUAAGCCGAAGUUGGAGUAUUUCAAAUCUUUGGGGUUUUCGGGUGCUGACAUUGCCCAGAUUUUGUCAUCUGAACCUUAUAUUCUUGAAAGGAGCCUUCAAAACAAGAUUAUGCCUUCCAUUGAAGUUAUUAGGCGUGUCGUAGGCUCCGAUGAAAAUGUGUUAAAAGCAAUAAAGGCAUCAUAUCGGAUACUUGAAUAUGAUUUGGAGAAAGUAUUUGAGCCGAACAUUGCAAAUCUGAUCAAUCGUGGGGUACCUGAGUCAAAAAUCUUGAAAUUGAUCUUGAUUCAACCGAAGUCUUUGCUUUUAAGAGGAAAUCGGUUUAGUGAGGUUGUUGAUGAAGUUGAGAAACUGGGUUUUGAUCCCAAAAAUCUUCUAUUUGUUUUAGCUGUCCGUUCAUUGGCGGUCAUGAGUAAAUCACUUUGGGAACAAAAGUUGGGACUUUAUUGUAGUUUCGGGUUGUCGAAGGAUGAGAUUAUUUCAGCAUUCAAAUUGCAACCCAUGUGUAUGAUUGCAUCAGAGAAGAAGAUCAAGAAACUGAUGGGUUUCUUUGUGAAUGAGUUGAAGUUAAAGCCUUCCAUGAUUUCCAAGAACCCAAAUAUUCUGCUUCUUAGCUUGGAGAAAAGGAUUAUUCCAAGGUGUUCAGUUCUGCAACUUCUGAUGUCAAAAGAUGCAAUCAAAAAAGAUGUAAGCCUACUUUAUGCAUUGACAAUGACUGAAAAGAUGUUUGUGAAGAGGUAUGUGAGCAAGUAUAUGAAUGUGAUUCCUGAAGUUGUUGAGGCUCUUCAGGGAAAGAUACAAUUUCAAGGGUUUCCCAUUGAGCUGAAAACAAACAAUUGAAAUCUUUUGCGAUGUCCAACAUGUUGGUUUGAGAUAUUGAGUUCGGAUUUGGUUCUUUUCUAUUGAAGCAAGUGUAGUUGGGGAUAGAAAUUGUUUGGGUGCAUUAGUUGAUGGAAUAGCAGAAGUUUUGUCAUAUUUUACCUUUUUUGAAAGUUGGGAUGGGAUAGAAAUUGUUGGUCUAUUGCUGGGGUACAUUACUUGAUACUUAGCCGAAGCUUUGUCAUAUUUAACCUAUUAUGCAUAAUUCAAAAUGGACUACGGAAACCAAUGGAUUUAAGUUGAAUGGAGUGUUGCUCUUUAGCAAGAAACCAGAUUGAGUUUGUAUGGAAAUCGUUUGAUGUAUCACCGUUGGUAAUAUAAAAUACAGUUCAGGAGAAAUUUCCCCAGGCAUCCAAUUACAGAGGAGGAAUGACACUAACUGAAGGAUCAUAAAUCCAAGUAAUUUUUGCAGACAAUGGGUAGCAUUUUGUCAUUUUUUUUUUUUGUAUCUCAUGCUUGCUCUAGAUUGUAUUUAACUUUAAAUUCAUAUAAAAUUAGCCUUUUACAUUGAGUUGUUGGUCUCUAGACCAUUCAAUCCAUUCUUUCCAAUUCUUUUUAUGUCAA